AUCCCUUGGGAAAACAUGAAGCUUUUUCCCCGCUACCAGGCAUUGAGAUUCAUCUGGCUCCCCAAGCCAGGAAGCCGGCACUUGCACCAAGACCGCCAGCUUUGGGCACCGCUGACUCUUGCUGACUUUGAAGCCAUAAAUCGCUGUGAGAGGCCCUUGCCGGAGAACUUUAACUUUGCGGGGGAUGUGCUGGACCAGUGGGCCCAGAAGGAGAAGACAGGAGAGAGACCAGCCAACCCAGCCCUGUGGUGGGUGAAUGGCAAAGGGGGCGAAGUGAAAUGGAGCUUUGGAGAGCUGGGCACCCUGUCCCGAAAGGCUGCCACUGUGCUCACUGAGCCCUGCGGCCUGAGAAGAGGAGACCGAGUGGCCGUCAUUCUGCCCCGAAUCCCAGAGUGGUGGCUGGUCAACGUGGCUUGUAUGCGAACAGGGCUUGUCUUCAUGCCAGGAACAGUGCAGCUGACUGCCAAAGACCUGCUCUACCGGCUGCGAGCCUCCAAGGCCAAGUGCCUUGUGGCCAGUGACGAGGUGGCCCCAGCAGUGGAGUCCAUCAUGUCGGAGUGCCCCGACUUGAAGACCAAGCUCCUGGUGUCUCCCCGCAGCCGGCACGGGUGGCUCAGCUUCCAGGAGUUAUUUCACGGCGCCUCUGCGGAGCACAGCGGCGUGCGGACAGCCAGCCAGGAUCCGGUAGCCAUCUACUUCACCAGCGGGACCACGGGCUCCCCCAAGAUGGCCCAGCACUCCCAGGGCAGCCUCGGAAUCGGCCUCACCCUCUGUGGAAGGUAUUGGCUAGAUCUGAAGUCCUCAGACAUCUUGUGGAACGUGUCCGACACUGGCUGGAUCAAGGCGGCCAUCGGCAGUGUGUUUUCUCCCUGGGUUCACGGAGCCUGUGUGUUUGUGCAUCAGCUGGCCCAGUUUGACACGGACACCAUACUAGACACGCUCACCUCAUACCCCAUCACGACCCUGUGCUGCGCUCCCACUGUGUACCGGAUGCUUGUGCAGAGAGACCUGAAGAGAUACAAAUUCCAGGAGCUGCGGUACUGCCUGUCGGGAGGGGAGCCGCUCAACCCCGAGGUGGUGGAGCAGUGGAGGGGGCAAACCGGGCUGCAGCUGCACGAGGGCUAUGGACAGACGGAAGUGGGAAUACUCUGUGCCAAUCUGAAAGGACAGAAGAUAAAACCAGGCUCGAUGGGGAAGGGAGCGCCACCCAAUGAUGUCCAGAUUAUAGAUGAAAAUGGCAACAUCCUACCACCGGGCAAAGAAGGAGAAAUCGCCCUCCGUGUAAAGCCUACACGGCCCAUCUGCUUCUUCUCAGGAUAUGUGGACAAUCCGGACAAAACUGCUGCCACGACGAGAGGGAACUUUUAUGUCACUGGAGACAGAGGUGUGAUGGACAACGAUGGGUACUUCUGGUUUGUUGGCAGAGCUGAUGACGUCAUCAUAUCCUCUGGGUACCGCAUCGGGCCAUUCGAGGUGGAGAGCGCACUGCUCGAGCACCACGCCGUGGUCGAGUCGGCUGUUGUCAGCAGUCCAGACCCCAUCAGAGGAGAGGUGGUGAAAGCUUUUGUUGUCUUAUCUGCACCCUUUAAAUCAUCUGACCCGGAAAAAUUAACUCUUGAACUUCAGGAUCACGUGAAAAAAUCAACUGCUCCAUAUAAAUACCCAAGAAAGGUGGAAUUUGUUGAAUCACUACCAAAGACAAUCACUGGAAAAAUCCGACGCAACGUUUUAAGAGACCAUGAAUGGGGAAGAACAUAG